AUGACGACUCCUAAAAUCUCCAAAAAUAAACAAAAGAUGGCCAGCGGCGAGCUCUACCACGCCUUUACACCGGAGCUCGUCGCUGAGCGCGCAAGAUGCAAAACAGCUUUACUAGCCUACAACGCAGCCGUAGGCGUGAAACCACGACGAGAGCUUGUUCGUUUAUGGCGAGAACUAAUUCAAGACCCAACACCCCUCCCACCCCAACUGGAAGAUACACUCCUAGACGAAGCGCAAUUCGAAGACGAGCCCAUUGUUGAAGGAAACGUGUACAUGGAUUAUGGUACACAGGUCAAACUUGGUAAAGGUGUCUUUAUAAACGCGUACUCUACCUGGAUCGAUACAUGUGGAAUUACCGUUGGCGCGAGGACGUUAUUCGGUCCUUAUGUCUCCCUGUAUAGUGGAACUCAUCCACUUGAUCCCGAGAUUCGGAAUGGAACUAAGGGUCCUGAGACAGGAAAACCGAUUGUCAUUGGGGAGGAUUGUUGGAUUGGAGGAAAUGUGGUUAUUUUGCCUGGUAUUACCAUUGGCAGGGGGUCUACUGUUGGUGCUGGAAGUGUUGUUACUAAGGAUGUACCACCUUUUCAUGUUGUUGCAGGAAAUCCAGCGAGGAUCAUUCGGAAGAUUAAGACGAAUAUGGAUCCUGAACAAAAAGCUGAUGAGGAAUAG